CGGUCCCUGGGGGAAGGUGACACUGGGCGGGACCUCCGGGACUGGAAGGAUCCCAGCUCAGACCUCCUGGGGGAUCUGCCGAAAAGCUUGGCAGCAGCAGCAAGACCAGUAGCCUGGAGUGGCCAAGCUGGAGCUGGAAGUGGAGUUCCGUGGGUUCCGGGCCGCGGCUGCUGGGCAGCGCCUCCUCCAGGCCGAGACCCCAGCACAGAAUGAGCAGAAGGCGGCGGCCUCCCGGGGCAGGGGCCCGGCCAGGAGCGCGCUGCGCUGGUUCUCCACCGCGGUCCUGUAUGCCGCCUUCCUGGGGCUGGGAAUGACUGUUGCCAUACUGGGACCCACAUUCCCAGACCUGGCAAAGAAUGUGAACCAGAACAUCAGCAGCCUUUCGGAAGUCUUCGUGGGCCGCGCCCUCGGCUACUUGUGUGGCUCUGUGGUUGGCGGGGCGCUUUUCGACUGUAUGAAUCAUUUUUUACUUUUAGGGAUGUCAAUGUUGGCUACCACAAUUGGUCUUUAUCUUAUUCCUUUCUGCAAGACAGCAACAGUACUGAUUGCCAUGAUGUCUGUAUUUGGUGUUUCAUUUGGUGCUCUGGAUACAGGUGCGAAUGUCCUCAUCUUGGCUCUUUGGGGAGACAAAGGAGCCCCACACAUGCAGGCCUUGCACUUCAGUUUCGCCUUGGGUGCCUUUCUGGCUCCCCUGCUGGCUAAAUUGGCCUGGGGGACAACAGCAUCCACUCAGAACCACACAGAGACAGACUUUGUUCCUCUAAUGCUCAACCGAUCCUCUGGAGCCACCUCAGACUCUCUGUUUGCAGCGCCUGAGGACAAGAACCUGCUGUGGACCUAUGCUUCCAUCGGCACCUACAUUUUAGUAGUCUCUGUCUUCCUGUUUGGUCUGUUUUGUAAGAAACAUUCAAGACAGAAAAAAUCCACGGCAUCUGCUGAGGGAGCUCGAAGAGCUAAAUAUCACUGGGCCCUGCUCUGUCUCCUCUUCCUCUUCUUCUUCUUUUAUGUUGGAGCGGAGGUGACCUACGGCUCUUAUGUUUUCUCAUUUGCCACCACUCAUGUUGGCAUGGAAGAAAGUGAAGCAGCUGGCUUGAACUCCAUCUUCUGGGGGACCUUUGCAGCCUGCAGGGGCCUGGCCAUCUUCUUUGCAACACUCUUACAGCCUGGAACCAUGAUUGUGUUGAGCAACAUUGGCAGCUUUGUCUCAACUUUAUUUCUGGUGCUGUUUGACAAAAGCCCUCUUUGCCUCUGGAUUGCAACUUCUGUGUAUGGGGCCUCCAUGGCAGUCACAUUUCCCAGUGGCAUUUCCUGGAUUGAGCAGUACACCACCUUAACUGGGAAAUCCACAGCAUUCUUUGUAAUUGGUGGUACCCUGGGAGAAAUGGCAAUUCCUGGAGUAAUUGGAAUUCUUCAGGGACACUACCCAGAUCUGCCAGUAGUUCUGUACAUCUGUUUAGCUUCAGCCAUAUCCACUGCUGUUUUGUUUCCUGUGAUGUAUAAAUUAGCCACCUUACCUCUGUAAUAUAAAUAAAAAGAAACCAUCUCAGGGGUCCAGAACACUUUGCCCUCUAAGUCCGUACCAUAAAGAAAAGGAAGAAUGGGAAGAUGGAGAAAAAAAUGAAUUAAAUGGAUUUUGAAGUUGUUAAACAAUGCAUCGAGGCAAUCUGUCAUUGUCUAGAAACGUUGAUGGUGUCCUCACCAAUUCCUCUUAAGUACAUUGAUUUGGACAGUUUGGUAUCUCUGUGGAAUGCUACAUUCGUUUCUUUACUUGUGACUGUGACCAAUACUUGACAAGAAGCCAAGGAAGGACUUAUUUUGGGUCACAGUUUGAGGGUGCUGUCUAUCAUGGAGGGGUGGGCAUGGUUACAAGAGGACCCGUGUAUCAGGAAUGUGGAACUGGGGACCUUUUCCUUCACAUUUGGGCAAAACAGGAAACAGAGAGGGGAUCAAAAAUGUGUCCAGGUAUAAAAUCUCAAGCUCUGCCUCUAGUGAUGGACUUCCUCCAGAGAAACCUCAUUUCAUCCAUAGAAGCCCCACUUCCUCCAGAGAAACCUCAUUUCAUUCACAGAAGCCCCACUUCCUCCAGAGAAACCUCACUUCCUCCAAAGGAGUUCACUUCCUCCAGAGAAGUCCCAUUUCCUC